AUGGCCACCCGCCGAACUUUCUUCUCUUUUCUGGCAGCGCUCUGCGCAGCACAGGGCAUCAAUGCCACGUCGUACUGCUACUGCGAGGGCGGCCCUGGUUUCCACUACCUCGGCAUUGAGACCGUGUGUGCCGAGCUCGGCUCUGACGUCUGCAAGUUCGGCGGCGACGGCGGCGCGCCUCCCGAUGGCACGCAGUCUCUCCGGCAGUGGUGUGAAAGUCCUGACCGGCAGGGACGUGAUCUCAACGGCGAGACAGUGCAAGGCGGUGCCCUCAUCUGUACAGAGUCGAAGCCCGCCCUUGGAGAGGCGGGACGAGAGGAAGAUGUUAGAAAGGCCCUCCCCAUCGAUCUCGACGAGCCAGUCGAUGGGUCGGAAGACACGGACGGUAUCCCAACACGCCUGCGUCGCCAAGCCGACAAAUUUGGAAGCGAGUUUCUCCGCUACGCCCCUGCGAGCAAGACGGCGAACCUGAUCAAGACGGCAUCCAACCGCGACGUCAAGACCCACGGUGACGGCAGCAAGGAGACAAUCUAUCAGGUCAACGAGCUGCGCCUCAAGGGAUACAACUGGAAAUUCCUGCGGAGCUACGACAACCAAAAGGGCGCCGCCGACUUCACCGACAGCGUCGAGAUCACCAAGGGCUUCGAGACCUCGACGGGCUCCAACACCAAGGCGGAACUGGCCGUGAGCUUUGGCUACAACGGCCUCGCCGCCCAGUUCAGCGUCGACGCCAAGCUCUCGCACGAGUUCUUCUCGCAGAAGCGCGAGACGGUCACGACGAAGCGCAACGAGACGUUUUUCGUGCCCAAGGGCGCCGCUGCCUAUCUCUACCAAAAGGUGUAUGUCUGGGAGUCGACGGUGACGUUCAGGUUGACGUCCGUCGGCGGUCCGUUUGACAACGGAGGCAAGCCGGGCAAGCGCGGCACCUUUGACCUCGCCAUCGACGAGAGCGAGCCUCUCUUGGCCUCGUUUGAGUUUGACGUCUUGACGGAAGAGAAGGUUGUCAAGGACGCGCCGCUGCUCGACCGUGGGACCUUUGACGUCGAGAGGCUCUUUGACCUGAAAGAACCGAAGUUCCCCAAGGCCGACGCUCUGUACGAGGAGGACUGGACCAGCCACGUUCGCGACUUUAUCAAGAAUCUCGGCUUCAAAAUUUGA